AUGGACGGGGACGAGGACGGAGCCGGGCGGGUUCGAGAACUCCAAGAGCAGAGGAUGGCGGUCCAGAAGAAGACCUUCACCAAGUGGAUGAACAGUGUCUUCUCCAAGAACGGGGAGGACAUGGAGCUGACGGAUGUUUACCAGGAGCUCAAGACCGGCGUGGCCCUGAUCCGCCUGCUGGAGCUCAUCGCCGCGGAGAAGCUGCCGCCGCCCAGCCGCCGCCGGCUGAGGGUCCACUUCCUCGAGAACAACGGCGUCGCCAUCAACUUCCUGAAGACCAAGAUUCGAGUGGAUCUGAUCGGUCCGGAGAACGUGGUGGACGGUGACCGCACCCUGAUCCUGGGUCUGCUCUGGAUCAUCAUCCUCCGGUUCCAGAUUGGACGCAUAAACCUGGACGAGGUGGGGGGCGGAGCCAGCAGCGUCCAGCGCUCGGCAAAGGAGGCGCUGCUGAUCUGGUGCCAGAGGAAGACCUCGGGCUACGCCGGUGUUGACGUGAGGGACUUCUCUUCCAGCUGGAAGGACGGUCUGGCCUUCAACGCCCUCAUCCACGCCCACAGACCCGACCUGCUGGACUACAACCGCCUGCGUGGCGACCAGGCCCGCGCCAACCUGCAGCAGGCGUUCGAGGUGGGCGAGCGGGCGCUGGGCAUCAUGCAGCUGCUGGAGGUGGAGGACAUCUUGGUGUCUCAGGACGACAAGUCCAUCAUGACCUACGUGUCCCUGUACUACCACUACUUCUCCAGGACCAAGCACGAGCACACCCUCCAGAAGAGGCUCGCCAAGAUCGUGGGCUUGCUGAUGGAGCUGGACGCCAUGAAGGUCCACUACGGGGCCAUGGUGUGUGAUCUUCUGCAAUGGAUCCAGAUGACGGUGCUGCGCCUCAACGACAGAACCUUUCCCAACUCGGUGAGAGAUCUGCAGGUGCUCAUGGCGGCCUUCAAGACCUACAGGAUGCUGGAGAAACCUCCCAAAUAUCAGGAACGUGGAGCCAUCGAAGCCCACUUGUUCAGUCUGAGGACCCAGCUGGCCGCCAACAACCAAAGGGCCUACGCGCCCCCAGAAGGUAAAACCCUCAGCGACAUCGAGAGAGCUUGGAGUCUUUUGGAGAAAGCGGAGCACGAGCGAGAACAAGCCCUGCAGGAGGCGCUGCGGCGCCUGGAGAACUUGGAGCAACUGGCCCAAAAGUUUGAGAGAAAGGCCGCUCUGAGGGAGGGUUAUCUGGAGGACACGCUGCGUCUGAUCCGCAGGCAGGACUUCAGAGGUCUGAGCACCCUGGAAGAGGCCCAGGCGGCCAGGAGGCGUCUGGAGGCCCUCGCCACCGACGCCCAGGCCAGGGAGCCUCGGUUCUCCGCCCUCAAAGACAUGGCAGACACCAUCAGGAGGGAAAAGUACCACAGCAAGGAGCGCAUCGUCAGGAGAGAGGAGAACAUCAACGGGCGCUGGCGGGAGCUGCUGCUGCAGCUGCAGGAGCAGAGGGAGCUGCUGGGGAACGUGGCCUCCACCCUCAGCAUCCUGAGAGACGUCACUGUCGUCUCCCAGGCGCUGAAAGACCUCCACGCCAGAGCCACCUCCUCGGAGCUGGGCAAACAGCUGACGGAGGUGGAGGCGCUCCUCCGGCAGCACCACCUCCUGCAAGCUCAAGUCUCCGCGCACGGCGACACAAUCGGCGCCAUCAGCGGCGCCGCGCUCAAAGGAAACACCAGAGGUGAUCAGCAGAUUCAGAGCCGAGUGAGAGCGCUGGAAACGCAAUAUAAAUCUUUGAUGGCGCACAGCAGCAGCAGGAGGAUCCUGCUGGAGGCUCAGCGCAGACUCUUUGAAUUCUUCCAUGACUGUGAGGACCUGGAGGCGUGGCUUUACGAUCGCUGGCUGCAGCUGCAGGCUGCGACGUUGGGACGAGACCUGAACCACGUGCAGCUGGCCCAGCACAAGCACAAGGCGCUGGAGGCGGAGCUUCAAGCUCAGGAGUUUGUGUAUCAGCGUCUUCUGAGUCGAGGUCAUGACAUUUCCACCAAGCAGAGUCCAGCAAACCUGCGUACCAUCCACAAGUGGAUCAGAACCUUGAAGAAACUCUGGACUCACCUGAGUGCUGAGACCAGUUCACAUCGUCAGAGACUGCAGGCGGCAGCCGCCAUCAAACAGUACUUUGCAGACGUGGACGAGGCUAACUCUUGGCUGAGCGACAAAAAGCCGCUUUUGACCAGUGAGGAUUACGGGAAGGAUGAGUCUAGCUCGGCGGCACUGCUACAGCGCCACCUGCGCUUGGACAAAGAAAUGGCGGCCUACACAGUAGAAAUCAAGAGGCUGUCGGAGCAGGCGAGGAACACGGCGCAGCUGACUGAGUUUACCGUGCAGCCCCAGCCUGGUCACGUGAUCCAAUACAGCGACUCAUCUGAUGAUGAAGAUAGUCCAGAAGUGAUCAAAAGUGGAAGGGGUUCUGCGAACGAGGGAACCAAGGCUAAGGUUCGCUUUAGAUACAGCCGAGGUCAGUUUCCCUUGGACCGCAAUGAAACAGUCAGCAUCAUCAGCACCAACCCGGAUGACGACAGAGUUUUGGUCAGAGAUGCUAGAGGACACCAGCAGCUCGUCCCCAAGACAUACCUGGCGGAGCUUCCAGUGCUGGCUCCUCCCAUCUCACCCGCAUCGACCAAUGGCGCCGCAGACAAACAGAACAAGAAGCUAAGCCGUCCCAGGCACAGUCGCUCCAUGCGCCGCGGCACAGCUGAGAUCCAAACAACAUGGCUGCCAGACCCUCAGUACCAGAGAGAUACUGUGGAACAGACGCAGGCUCGGCUGGACCAGGACUUUAAGACUCUGUGCGGCUUGAUCCAGUCCAAGUUAAAGGUUCUGGAGGAGGUGUUGCUCCUGCAUCGCUUCUCCAACAGCUGCCAGGAGUUUGAGUCAUGGAUGGAGGACAAGGAGAACGUCCUCAACACCUUCCACAUGCAGGCUGACCACAUGGAUGUUUUGCAGGCCAAAUACGAGAACUUUGUGACGGAGCUGAUGAGUGGGCGUGGCCAGCUGGAUGACAUCAGCAAAAUGGCACAGCAACUGGUCAAAAGCCGGCACAGCAAACACAGAGAGGUCCAGACCCGCCAUGCCAGCAUUUCUAGCAGGUGGGACAGGAUCCAGCAUCGAAAGGACGAGAAGGCGCGUGAGCUGCUGAGCACGGCCGAUGUGCGCUCCUUCCUGCAGAGCUGCCAGGAAGCCCGGAUGCAGCUGCAGGCUCAGUUGGAACAGCUGGAUAACGUGCACGUGCACGUGGGCGGUGGCAUGUUCACGCUGCUGACCGACCAGCAAAACCAGGCUGACGUGGUCCGAGACAUCAGGAUGCUGGAGGGCAAGAUUGCCUACCUGAGGGGCGUGGCCAAGAUGAAGCAAGACUGCAGUCCAGCAGAGAGUGCGGCCAUUAUGGAAGAGGUGCGAGGUCUGGAGAUACUUUUGAAGCAGCUGAAGAGUCGGGCUGCUGAUCAUCAGCGCCUCCUGGAUGAGGCCCAACGGCUGCACAGCUUCCAGCAGGAGGCCAAGGAGCUGCAGCGCUGGGUGACCGCCAUCCAGGACCGCCUGCUCCAGGAAGAGGUGGCGACUGACGUGGGCUCAGCAGUCGCCCUGCUGGAGGAGCACAAGGAGAUCUUGCUGGAAAUGGAGGAGCACAAGAGGAAACUGAAGGAGUUGGAGACUUUAAGCGAGUCUCUACAUCGGUCAGACAGAAAAUCUGCCAGAGUCAACGUCCGACAAGUCAUUGACGAGCUGAAAGCUGAUUGGUCCGAGCUGAAGCACCUGUGGACCAAUAGGAAGCAGCGUUUGGACCAGCAAGUGGACCUACAAAGACUGAACCAGGAGGGAGACCGGAUUGAGGCGGCGCUGUCUGGACACCAAACCCGACUCGGGGUCAAAGAUGUUGGGGACUCGGUGGACGCAGUGGAUAGUCUGAUGGCUCGGCAGGAGGAGCUGGAAGGUCUCCUAAAGGCUUUGGACCAGCGCGUGGAGCAGUUCUCCAAGCGCAGCCAGGAGCUCAUUAGCCAGGAACAUUACGCUGCUAUUCAUAUCCAGCAGAGGAACAGAAACAUCCAGAAGAACAACAGGAAGUUGAAGGAGAGCAUCAGUGAGAGGCGAAGUCGGCUGCUGGCCUCCAAAAAAUAUCAGGAGUUCCACAGGGACGCAGACGAGUUGUUGUUGUGGAUGGAGGAGAAGCUCAAGGUGGCCGAGGACGAAUCGUACCGUGAGCCCGCCAACAUCCUGUCCAAGCUCAAGAGACAUGAGGCGGCCGAGCGCGAGAUGCAGGCCCACCAGGUGUGGCUGGAGAGACUGGUGCAGCUGGGGCGCGACAUGCCCGCAGAUGAGCGAGAUAACAGCGCGAGCAUCGGCAGGAAGUCCACUCAACUCAGCAGCCGCUGGAAGCGUCUCCAGGACAAGAUGGCCGACCGCGGCGCCAGGCUGAGGCAGGCGGGCCAACAGGAGCAGCUGAUGGAGCUUCUGAAGGACGCCAAGGUAAAGAUCGAGUCUAUUCAGUGGAUGCUCACCAACGCCGCCAAAGGGCACGAUCUCCGCUCCAGCCGACAGCUGCUCAAGGAGCAUCAACAGCUGGAGCAGGAUGCCAAGGAGCUGGCGGAGAAGAUCAACGCCAUUGUGGGCAGAGCCCAACAUCUGGCGUCCAACCACUUUGACUCGUACCGCAUCCUGCAGGAGACUGACACCUACCUGAGCCUGUUCAAGUCCCUUCAGAAGCCGCUGGAUCGGCGGCGGGCUCAGCUGGAGGCUUUGGUGCUGCUCUUUGAGUUUUAUCAUGACGUGGACCUGGAGCUCAGCUGGAUUUCGGAACAUGUGCCCGCUGGAGGGUCUACAGGAUAUGACAAGUCUUUGGCAGGCGCCGUCAGCCUCAUGCAAAAACAUAAGGAGCUGCAGGCUGAGAUGAACGCCCACUCUAAGCACCUAAACUACAUUCUAAAGAAGGGGCGGGACCUGGCCAAGUCUAGCCAAUCACAUGCAGAGGAAAUCCUUAAAAGGUGCAGACACCUGAGUGACGAGUGGGCGGAACUUGAGGAAGAGUGCAACAGGAGAGCAGCCCACCUGAGCAAAGCCAUCACCCGCGAGCAGCUGCUGUUGGACUGUUCUGAGCUGGAGGCCCGACUCAGCGAGGCUUUGGACAUGGUCAGCCUGGAUGACUUCGGCAAAGACCAGCUGGCCACGCAGAGUCUCAUCAGCAAGCAUCAGGUUCUGCAGGCACAGCUGGAAGUUCUGCAGGUGGAGGUGGACCAGUUAGAGGACCAGGUGGACCAGGCGCUUCAGAACUGGGAUCUGGAGGAGCUGAGAAAACCUUUGAGCCGCCUGCGCAAUGUCAACCAGCAGCUGCAACACCAGGCGACGCUCAGAGGUCAAAGGCUAAAAGAAGUCCUGCACAUGCAUGAGUUCAGACGGGAGGCGUCUGAGUUGGAGGAGUGGCUGCACCAGCACAGGCAGACGGCAGAGUCUCAGGAUGUGGGUAGGGACUACCCGCAGGUUCAGCUGCUCUGCAGGAGGUUCGAAGCGUUGCUCAAGCAGCUGGAGGUGGCCGAAGAGCGAGUGCACAUGUGCGGCGACCUCGCCGCCCGGCUCAUCACCAGCAAACACCCGCAGAGCGCCGCCGUGAAGGAGGCGAUGCAGGAGCUCAUUGCAUGCUGGGAGGACCUGAAGACCGCGGCCAAGGACCGUAAGAGCCAACUGCACAGAGCGGAGGAAUGUCAUCGCCUGUGCCAAGACCUGAACGAUGCUCUGACACGCAUCCAGGAACGGAAGAAGAGCAUCCCAGACGACAUAGCGAAGGACUUGCGGGGAGUGAUGUCCCAGCUCAGGAAACACGAGGCUCUCCUCCAUGAACUGGCCACCACCGAGCAACAGCUUCAGGAGCAGCUGGACGCUGUGGACAGCAUCCUGGACCUCUGCUCGCCGCAGCUGAAGCUCCGUCUACAGGACGUGCAGCAAGAAGUGGUUGAGCAGUGGGAGGGGCUACGUUUUCACACUGAGCAAAGGGAGGUGGAGCUAAAGCUAGCGUGCCAGAGAUACCUGUUUCUUAACACGGCGCAGGACUACCUGUUGUGGUGUAGUCAGCUCAUCGUCUCCAUGGCCGCCGAGGAGAGCAUCAGCGACGUGGCAACAGCCGACCUCCAGCUAGCUCAGCACCAGCAGCUGUGGGCGGAGAUGGAAGCCCGACAGGAAGUGUACCAGCAGGCCUUGGACAUGGGGGAGGAGCUACAACGGCAGGACAGAAGCAACAGGAAGGAGGUGCUGGACAAGCUGGAGGCCUUGCAGACCGAACGAGAGAAGCUGGAGGAGAAUUGGAACCAAAAACAGGGAUGGCUGGAGAACGUCCACCUGGAGCAGAUCUUCUACAGGGACGUCAGCAGCAUGGACAAGACGUGCAGCUCACAGGAGGUGCUCUUGAAGAACAGCAGUCUGGGAAACACGGCGGACGAGACAGAAGGUUUGAUCAAACAUCAUGAAGCUUUUGAGAAGCUGCUCACCUCCCAGGAGGACAAGCUGUCAACACUGAAGGACCUGGCCAGUCGACUGAAGAUGAAGCUCAGCAGAGAGAAAAGUGGGCGUGUCCAAAGCAAAUUGAAAGCCCUCCUGCAGAGGCGUGAAAGGAUCAAAGAGCUGUCCGUUAAACGCAGGGAGGAGCUAGAACUUUCCUGGCUGCUGUGCAUCUUCAACCGAGACGUUGCCGAGGCGGAGGCGUGGGUGAGUGAGCGCACCCUCAAACUGUCCGACGACGGAAAAGCCGACCUGAGCAACCUGCAGACCAAGAUGAAGCUCCUGCAGAAGCAUCAGGUGUUCGAGGCCGAGAUCCUGGCGCACGGUGAGGUCAUCAGUAGCGUACAGCAGGCCGGCGAAAAACUGGUCUCUCUUCACCACCCGAGGUCCAAGGAGGCCAGGAGGAGCGCUCAGGUUUUAGAGCGCCACUGGGAGGAGCUGAAGACGGCUGUGGCCACGCGAGGGAAACUUCUGGAAGACAGCAGAGACUUCCUGGAGUUCCUGCAGAAGGUGGAGGAGGUGGAGGCCUGGAUUCGCCACAAGGAAGUGAUGGUCAACGUGGGAGACGUGGGGAAGGACUAUGAACAUGGACUUGAGCUUUUGAAGAAACUCGGCGAGUUCCGGGGAAAAGGAAGCGAGGGCAUGUUUGAUUCCCAGGGCGUGACAGUAGACGACGCGCACAUCACCGCAAUCGACCGGCUGGCCGCCCGACUGGAGAAGAGACAGAGCGCUGAUGAGCUCCACACCGUCAGGCAGAGGAGACGCCAACUCAACGACAGAUGGACUAAGUUCCAUGUGGAUCUUAACGUCUACAAGAGGAAGCUGGAGAUGGCGCUGGUGGUCCAUGCGCUCAUCAGAGAGCUGGAGGAGGUCCGAGACCGAGCCAACGAGAAGCUGAUGCCUCUGCUGGACCAGGAUUGUGGUGUGGAUGUUGAGAGCGUGGAGAACCUGAUCAGGCGACACGAGGAGACCGAGAGGGAGACCAAGGUCAUCCAGGAGAAAUCAAAGGUUCUAGACAAAGAUGUCCGCCACCACUUGAAGCUUCAGUCUGUGAUGAGCAAGAAGCUGGAAGACAAACAGGAGAAGCUUCACAAGGCUCUAACAGAUCUAGACAACGAGGUGAACAACAGGAAGCAAAAACUUCAGGAGGCUCAUCAGCUGCACCUCUUUAAGGCGAACCAGCGCCUCCUGCUGGACUGGACCCUCAAACAAAGCAGUGAACUGGCUGAGAAAGGUCUCCCAAAGACCCGAGCAGAGGCUGACCGCCUCAUUGUGGAGCACCAGGACCGUAAGACGGAGAUUGACACCCGGACCGAGCGUGUCGAGUCUGUCCGAGACUUUGGGCUCAGUCUGAUCCGGUCAGGCCCCAGCUGGAAGGCAGAAAUUCAGAAGGCUCUCAGCCAGUUAGAAGAUGCCAAAGAUGGAUUGGACCGAGCCUGGCAGAACCGCAGCACAAUGCUGGAGCAGGCGCGCUCACUGCAGGUUUUUCUGGCUUCAGUCGAGCAGUGUGAGAGUUGGAUUAGUAACAAGGAAGCAGUCCUGGCCAAUCAGGACCUUGGGAGCUCCGUCACCGAGGUGGAGACCCUGCAGAGGAAGCACGUUCAGUUUGAGGAGGCUCUGGAGGCUCAGCUGGACCAAGUGGACCAGGUGGAGAAACUGGCACAGAAGAUGACCCAGCAGAAACACUUUGAUUCUGACAACAUCAGAGCAAAAACCAAAAUGCUCGUUGCUAGGCGGAGUCAUCUGCAGCAGCAGACCAGGUCUCGUCAGGAAGCUCUGCAACGGUCACUGCAGCUACAGCACUUCCUGUCCAACAGCUACCAGGUGUGUGUGUGGCUGAACGAGCGUCAGGCAGUGGCGUCGGAUGAGAGCUGGAGAGAACCAACCAACCUUCAGGCCAAAGUGUUGAAACAUCAAAGUUUCGAAGCUGAGCUCUUGGCCAACCGCUACCGAGUGGACGCUCUCAUGAAGGAAGCCGACAAGCUGCUACCCGACGGUGGUGCUGCCGAGGCUAAGGUGCCUCUUCGUCUCAAGGAGCUGACGGAGGGCUGGGGCGGUCUACUGAGGAGCUGUGAGGAGAAAAAGAACCGACUGCAGGAGGCGUAUCAGGCGCUGCAGUUCCAGCGCUCCCUGGAUGACAUGGACGAGUGGGUGGAGUCAGUAGAGAGGGGUGUGGCCAAUGAGGACUGCGGGAGUGACCUACCUUCAGUCAACACCCUGCUGAAGACGCUGCAGAGUCUGGAGGACGAGGUGGACGGACUGCGAGACAGACUGCAGAGUUUUGUGGAGACGGUGGAGAAGUUCCACUCGGAGGGGAACUUCCGAGCACAGGAGCUCCAGAACCGAGUUUCCAACAUCGUCCACAGGUAUAACAGCCUGUCGCAGCCCCUGCAGAGUCGCAGGGAGACCCUGGAGGCCUGGCAGGUUCUUUUUCAGUUCACCAGAGACCAGGAGGAAGAACUGGACUGGCUCAGACAGCGACUGGCCACUGUUUCGUCCACAGACUGCGGAGGCUCUUUGAGCAGCUCCCAGCAGCUCCUCAGCAAGCACCAGGUGGUCGUGCAGGAACUCUCCAGCCGCGCCCCUUUACUCCAAGCAGUUGUGGAGGCCGGGCACAGCUUGGUCAGAGGUCGCCACUUUGCUUCGCAUGACAUCCAGGAACGUCUGGAUGAGAUCAAGCGUGUCCACGAGGAGGUGAAGACAGAGGCGGCGAAAAGGGGGAAGCUCCUCCAGGAGGCGCUCAGCAUCCACGCCUUCCUCACCGAGCUGUGCGAGCUGCAGCUGUGGCUGGACGAGCAGCAGGGGGUGCUCGAGUCUUACGACAGUGGGCGGAGUCAGGAGGCCACAGAGGCCCUGCUGAGGAGGCUAGACUCGGUGGACGUGGAGCUGGAGAACCACAGGAGGACUUUCGACCGACUGCAGGACAGAGGAGACACCCUGCAACACCUCGGCCAUCCCAACAGCCACAUGGUCGGCCGGUCUCUGCCGGCUGUGUCUGAGCUCUUCCAGGCAUUUGGGCGACUUUGUCGGUCUCGCCGUGGCGCUCUGGAGGACCAGCUACGUCUGUUUGUGUUUGACAGAGAGGCCAAAGAACUCCGGACAUGGCUGAACUCCAAAAAGACGCUGGUGGACUCGGUGGACUGUGGACAAGACCUGGAGGAUGUGGAGGUUCUUCAAAAGAAGCUGGAGGUUCUGGUGUCAGAAGUCUCAGGUCUGGGUCGCAGUCGCUUGGCCUCCGUGCAGCAGCUUGGUCGAGGACUGCAGCAGGACAGCCAGGCCCGCAGGAGGGACGAGGCUCUCAGUCAGCUGUGGGAUGACCUUAAUGCUGCCAUCAGAACCAGAGAACAGAACUUGCAGUCAGCCAGAGAGAUUCACCAGUUUCACCACGAUGUGGACGAGCUGAAGAGCUGGAUGGCCGAGAAGGAGGCCGUACUGGACUCAGACGACCAGGACCAGGACCUUCACGGCAUCCACACUCGGCUGCAGCAACACGAGGCGCUCGAGAGAGACCUGCUCCUGAUUUCUGGAGAGGUGACCAGGACCACAGACGAGAGUCGGACUUUAAGCGCUCGUCAUCCCCAGGCCCGGGCGGCUGUGACACGCAGGCUCGACGAACUGCAGUCCUGCUGGAUCGCCAUCCAGGACAAGGCUAGCCGGCGCCGCGCCAUGCUGGGCGAGGCCGAGGACGUCCAGAAGUAUUUGUCCCUCUGGACCGAGCUCAUGACGUGGCUGCGGGAGAUGUUGGUGCUGGUUAGCGGGGAGGCGGCGGAGGGGAGUGACCUGGAGGAGUUAAUGAAGAGACACCAGGAAUACAAAGUCCAGAUGGAGAGACUGGUCAUCCGGUGUCAGGAGGUGAAAGGUGAUGGCUGGCGCCUCCUCGAGGACCGAACCUUCAUGUCCAAAGAGGUGGAGGGGCGUGUCCGUGAGCUGGAAGAGCUGGAGCGCCGUGUGGAGGAGACCUGGGAGGACACCCGUCAGCUGUACGAGGAAGAGCUGGAGGUGAAGCUCCUGCAGAAGGAACUGGAACAGGCCGAGCGCUGGCUCAGCUCCUACGAGGAGACUCUGACGGACCACCGCUAUGGGGACUCCCUGUCAGAUGUUGUGGAUCUCCUGAAGAGGCAGGAGGACGUGGAGGCCAUGAUCCAGGCCCAGAGUGAACGAUUCGGCGCCCUCCACAAGAAGACCACCCAGAGAGAAAGGAGGCUCGCUCUCCGAGAAAAGGAGGAGAAGGAUCUCCCCCGGACGAGACCGCCUGCCAGAGUUUCAUCCCUCCGUAAGACCUCGGAUCUUAGGAGUUCUCAGAGCGACACAAAGAGGCACAAAGACCGCUGGACCGGACUACUCCCUGACUCCUCCAGCAGCAGGAGAAAAUAUCACAAGGAGGAGGAGGAGGAGGAGGACCACAAUCGGGAUGGAAGAAGCCCAGCACCAAACGCCUCUACCCUGAGACCUCCUGAACACUGUUCCUACUCCAAAGUCAAACCUCUUUUGCCUCCAAAGCCCGGCUUGUCUCCUCCUCCAAACCAACCAGCCGGCGGCCGACUUCCUGACCUGCUGCGUCCCGCCGCCAAGGUGGAUCCUGUGUCAUGUGACCGUCCUUCUGCGGGGGCGGAGCUUCCUCAAGCACCUCAGCAGCCACGAAGGGACGACGAAACAGAAGAAGACGACGUAGAAGAAGAAGAAGAAGAAGAAGAGUCCACAGCUGAGGCAACCCACACACUGGAGGGAACGCUGGAGAUCAAGAUGAAGCGUGGCGGGAGCACGGGUCGCACUCGGGCCCACUUGGACCACUGGGAGGAGGUCUUCGCUGUCGUGGAGGGAAACACGCUGCACCUGUACCAGGACCGUGCGGCGGCCGCUCAGGGAACCUCUAGGUGGCCUCCUGUCAGCUUGCUGGGGGCCGUCUGCAAGGAGGACCCUCACCUCAGAAGCAAAGAGAACACCUUCAAAGUCCUACUGGACGAAGGUGCGCAGUAUUUGUUUGCGGCGUCCACACGUGACCUCCAGCAGCUUUGGUUGAAGACGCUGCAGACUCUUUCUGGACUGGACGGAGAUGACUCGGAUGACUCGUGGAGUGUUGGCCGCAAGAGACAAACGUCCACGGAGAGUCAGCCCCCGCCCAAACCCCCGCACACCCUCCACCAGGACCACGUCAGUCCAGGCGGCCGAGACCAGGUCCUCAGGAAAGACCCGCCUCCUUCAGAGGCUCCGCCCCCGGCCCCUCGCACCCGGGUCCUGCAGGUCCCGGACGACAACGGGAGCAAGACCAGGAAGGGCGUCUUCCGGAAGUUUUUCCCCAAGAAGUGAACCCCCCAAGGAAAUGUUUAUGCUAACGAUCAAUCUGUCAAUCAUCUUAGACACACACACACACACACACACACACACACACACACACACACACACACACACACACACACACACACACACACACACACACACACACACACACACAGUGAUUACAGUCACCUUUCAAGCCAAUCAUCUGCACCGGUCCUAAUCAAGUCAAUGACGUCAGAGAGCGACGAGCUGCUGUUCACUUUUUCCACCACAAGAUGUCGCCAUCGGUCUGUGCCCGCUGGCCUUCAUACUUCAUGACGUCACAAGGCGGGGAAAAAGGGUUUCAUUGCUGCUCCAGCAGAAAUGAAUCAUCAAUAAAUGUGUUGACAAA